ACAGCCAAGCCAUACUUGAACGCGGUUCGAGCAACUCUGACUGCGGCGCUGUGUAUCGAAAACUUCCCUUCUCAGGUGGUGGAACGCCACAAUAAACCCGAGAUAGAGGUCCAGACAUCAAAAGAAUUGCUCCUCAAUCCCGUUGUUGUUAGUCGCAACGAGCGGGAACGCGUCCUUAUCGAGGGAUCCAUCAAUUCGGUCCGCGUUAGCAUCGCCAUCAAGCAGUCUGACGAGAUCGAUCGUAUCAUCUGUCACAAGUUUAUGCGCUUUAUCAUGAUGCGUGCUGAGGAAUUCGUCAUCCUAAGAAGAAAACCUGUUCCGGGAUACGACAUAACAUUCCUGAUAACAAACUUCCACACGGAAAAGAUGCUGAAGAACAAACUUGUCGAUUUCAUCAUUACAUUCAUGGAAGAGAUUGACAAAGAACUCUCAGAAAUGCGACUCGCGGUGAACUCUCGUGGCCGCCUGUGUGCCGAGGAGUUUCUGAAGGCCUUCGAUUAG